AUGCUCUUGGCGGCGCUUCUGCUGCUCCUCCUGCGCUGCCUUCGGGGACACGGUGAGGAUCCCGGGCAGGAGAGGGUCGCGAGACCUGACGGGGCGUGGGGCUUGGGUUUCUGAUCCAGCCGCGGGGCUCUCCUUGCCUUCUGAGGGUGCCAAGUCUGGGUCUCUCCGUGGCCGCGCCCUCCUCCUCUGGAGUAGAGCGGGCGGAAGAUUCCCUGGCCCGCCUGGAGCCCUGGCUUGGUCCCUCUUGGGCUCACCGCGGUGCCUAGCUAACCGAGGACCAUCAGUCGGUAACUGCUGCCUUUACAGGAGGGAAGAUCCCAGCCCCGCCCGAGCGCGUGAGAUUCGUGGCCGAGACCUUUCAGCACGAGCUGCGCUGGGAGCCCCCGAGCACCGGACACGGGCUCUUCCUGUACGACGUCCAGUACAUGCGGUAAGAAGGGAAAGGGCCGUCGCGGGAGGCACUGGGGGUCUUGGUGGGACAUCUGCACCGGCCGUCUUAAGUGUGGAAGGGUCUCUGUCGACAUCCAAGGCAAACCCCCCGCCCUGUCGCCACUCCGGCCUCCUCCUCUCCGCUCACCCGCUUCGCCCGGUCCUCUCUUGCAGAUACGGCAAGGUCGGCGGCUGGAACCCAGCGCUGAACUGCACGCGCGUCCGGAGCCACUCCUGCGACCUCUCCUAUGAGACGCGGGAGCCCUCGAAGUUCUACUACGCCAGAGUCCGGACGGUGACCGGGACGCGCGUUUCCAACUGGACCCAGACGACUCGCUUCGGUCCCAAGACAGGUAGCCGCCCCACCCCUAGGAAACCGACAGUUGUGGAUGAACCGCGCCGGAGAUUCCGGAUUGGGGGCUGGUGCGCUUGACCAGCCCCGCCGUCGGGCAAGGAGAUGCGCGCUCCCCGCACGACAGCAGCGAGGAAAGGGCUUUGGACUGAUGGUGGAGAGGCUGCUGUGCAUGAGGAGGUCCCAAUCCCCACGGGCAUCUCCGAGCAGGGGCGGCAGGGACUCUCCUGCCUAGAGAGCCGCUGCCAGUCAGUGUAGGCAAUGCUGAGUUAGAUGGACCCAUAAAGGCAGCUUUCUAACGUUGCAAUCCUGGGUGGCUGGCCGCCUCCCAGAGCCCUCUGCCUCCCUGGUCUGUGUCCCAUUGUGUUUAUGUUUAAAAUUGCUGCUUAGCCUAUUUCUCCAAAGUGGCUAACAGACUGUGACAAGAAACGGAAUAAAACAAACAUAAUCCCUAAAAAGAAACUUCAAUGUACAUUCAAAUCACGAAAUUAGUAAGACUUGAAGAUGCUAUCACUGCAACCAUGCAUAGUUAAUACAAUUUGUGACCUUGCUGUCUGUUCUUGGUUUGUUAUUUUGUGUUGUUUGUUUUCCUAGCUGCAAAGAAAUAUCUAUUUUUAAUGACUAAAUUAAUAAAUAUCCAAAUCUAUUUAACAAAUCCCAGCAGCACAAUAAUAAUGCAGAGCUGAGGAAGCAGAACCGCAACAUUAUAAGUCAGGCCUGUUUAAAAAAUUGCAAGCAUCCUGGGUGUCCGCGCACCCCAGGAAACAUGAAAGGCCAUUGGAGUUUGGGAUGGGAACAGCUCUUCACCAGCAUGGCUGAAGGGUUUUUCCAGCUUCUUUGUUUUACAGGAUCUGGGUCCAGGCUUUGUCAAGGGGUGACUGUCACCCACACCUCCCUUGCUCAAUAGAUGUGGACAAAUAGUCGUGAGAAGGGUAGAGGGCAAAUUCCCCAGUUUAGGACAACAGCAUUUUCCUAACCUUGGAACAUCACACUCAGGCAGUUUUUAAAAUUCCCCCAGCAGAAAUUCCCAUUAAUUCUUUGUGGUUGUUUCAUUUUCCCAGCAACUCCUCGACUGGCAGGAGUGAGCCUCUCACUUUCCCACAACGUGAUCCAAGUCAAGCUGCAACCUCCCACCAGCAGGUGGCACAAUAUAACCUAUGAGGACCUCUACCAGUCGGAGGAAUACCAUGUCCAUAUCCGGAAGGUGUCUGACAAUAUCCAGGUAAGGCUGUGGUGGAUGGCAGGGCACCCUGGCUGGAAGAGUUCAGGGGGAAGGUCUGCCUGUGGUGGGGGUGGGAGAGCACCCAGCUGCAGCACCCACUUUGCCGUCCCUCCUUCUGCUCUGCUGGCCUCUGGGGGCGCUCUCUCUGGAUGGGCAUUGCACACUCUGGCAGGGAACCUGUCCUAGGUGGCCCCUUCUGUUCCCAGAGGAAGCCCUCUGGUGGUAUACUAGGGAGGGAGGCAGUUGCUGAAGGUUCCAGGUGCUUCCCACAAAGAAGAGAAGGGCCAGGGCCAGCCCCUUUGGCAUAGGGAGGGCUGGCCUCUUUGAGGAUGUAGGGGGCAGAGGAGACACCCUUGGCACUGACUGGGACUUGGCUAGAGCCGGAUAUCAUUGGCCAACCUGGUGAACUCUGGCUGGAGUUGGACUGAGCUGGACUGACAACUCUCACAUUAUUUUCUGCAGUUUGAGUAUGUUGAGACCAACCUGGAGUUUAACCUCUCAUCGCUGUCGUGGGGAGAGCGCUACUGCAUCAGUGUGGAGCCACGGGUGGUCUCCCAGCCAAGUCCUGGCAAGAGGACAGAGGAGCAGUGUAUCUCAAUACCCACUGAGGAAGGUGAGGCUCCAGUCCCCUUCCUCCUCAGCCCCCCCCCCUUACUGUUCUUCUGUGUGGCAGAGUGAGAGAGAGAGGAUGGAGAUCAACAGGUACCAAAAAGAGAAUGGGGGAGGCGGGGAAGGAAGAGAGAUCCACUGGAGGGGAUUGCAAAGGCAAGCUGGGCCCAAUAAAGCAGCCCAGUUAAAUGCUUGGCGAUGAGUCAACAGCAGGAGACACUGGAAGCACCUCCCAGGUAGCUAAUGACCCUGCCCUCUGCAUCUGCGACAAAGCAUCCACAGGGUUGCUGUUCAUAGGAUCAUAACAUUGUAGAGCUGGAACGAACCACGAGAGCCAUCUAGUCCACUCCCCUGCAAUGCAGUGCAUGGGGCUCAAACCCAUGAUCCUGAGAUUAAGAGUCUCACUCUCUACCAGCUGAGCUCUUAAGCUACAACCCUUUUUUCUCUCUCCAUAGCAUGUGUCUCUGACACAUUUGCAUCUGCACACAUUCUCAUGUAAGGAACCUAGCUGCGCCAGUCCCUUCCUUCACCUCCUCAAGGAAGCUUGGUUCAUUGCGGAGGGCAGGGGGAGGGAGGCAAGAGAGCCAGUGCAUACAGAGAGGAAUGGAGGGGACACAGACUCAGGUCCCACAGUUGAUUCUCCAGGUAGUCCUGUCUCUACAAUGCACUUAGCAAUCUCCUGCAGAUGCCUGUAUAACUCCCCCAUCAGGCCUUCCGGUUGAAUAAUCAGGGGCCGCUGCUCUCUUCUUUGCAGACCAUGUAAGAUCCAUCCUCAUCUCCAGCAUGGCCCUCCUGACGGUGAUCGUCCUCUGUGGCCUGGGACUGGGAGCAGCCUGUGCCUAUGUGAGGAAACCCAAAGAGGCACCUCUCUUACUGGUAAGUGCUUCAUAGGGAGGUUCAGAGCCUUCUCUCCCUAUGGGUAGUCCAACUGUACAGGCAAAAUAGGAAACUGAAUCCCAGGGGUGCUUCUGCGGCCAUGGAAAAGUCUUGAAGAGAGAGUCGCUGCCUGCACUUCUGUAGAAGGCAACCCAGAGGGGGAUGAGCAGCUCAUCAACUGCGUAGGACUUAGCCCGCACAUUCAGGGUCCCUUCUGCACCUCCCCACCUAUUUAUUAAGAGCACCUAGCUGUCUUUCAGGGAGUGCUUAUAAAAGAAAACCAGGUUUAUGUAGGGCAAAGCCAUAGAAAAUAAGUUGCUAAUAUUGCUAUUUUGCAGAUAGGGAUUGAGGCUGAGAGAUACCGACCUAUCCACGCUGAGUGCCUGACUGGGGGUGGGACUCAAACUCACAUCUUCCAGCCCCACAAGAGCUGUCUCUCUACCACCAAAUUCUUUACUUCCCUUGGGUGGAUUCAGUUCCUUAUCGAGCAAGAAGCUGGUUCUAUCAUUAGGCAAAGGGUGGCAGGGGGUGGAGUGGGCAUCAGCUGUGAGGUCUUAGAAGACACUGUUGUGUGCUGCCCCUCCCCCAAGCUACCUUCCUGUCUUCAGCUGCAACUGGGGGUGGGGGCGGGCAUCCUCUCGUUUUUUACUUGGAUUCAACUGACAACCCAGUCAGCUUAGAUAACUGGAAGGGGGGAGGCUCCCUGUCCUUUGCCUCAGGCAACGAAGUGUCAUGCUCCAGGGGUGCCCUCAGGGGUGAGGGUCUCAGUCCAAGGAAGGGAAAGACUUUUCUCAACACACUUUCCCAAGGGUGCAAGGUAGCCUCAACAAGUCCAAGUCAAGCACAGAGAAUCAGUCUAGGUCCAACACGUGCUCCAGAAGCAAGGACAGGACACAGUCCAAGGUCAAUACCGCAGAAGGUGCAGCUAGGCAGAGCAGUGAAAUAGCAGAGACCUGCCUUGUUUCCAGCAACUGGAAGGGUCCAGAGGGACGCCUUACAUACUCCAGCCUCCUAAACAUUGCCCUAACCACAGUGUUGCCAGUGAAGGAAUAUCGGGAAUUGCUUACCAACAACUGGGUCUGUAGAUGGUGCCAGCAAUCUUUGACCUGGACCCAAAGUUCUUGGCAUCCCUACUGGUCGAUGGGGUAAUUCCACCUCCUCUUCUGACAGUCCCAGGGGUCCUUCAUCAGGUAUCGACAUGUGGCUGAGGGAAGGGGCUUAGCAGGAUCCUUAGCAUUGGAUUCAUGGGGUGCUGCCCGCUCCCCACUUAGUGCCUGGCACCAGGUCUGGGCUGCUCAAGACUGGCAGGUGAGUGAGUGAGUGAGAAGGACUCCCUGCCCCUCCAACCUGGCAAAGAGGAAGGAAUAUUGAGCAGAGUCUCAGAUACAGGCUUUGGUUUCUGAAAGGCCCUUCCAGCUGUGACCAGCACCUGGUUGGCGGAAGUGUACAGAAGCCAGAAAGCCACAACUCAAAUAUUUUCUUUCCGCCUCCCAGAAAUCUCCCGUAAAGCACAGUCUGCACUGGGUGCCAAAGGAGAAGUCUCCACUCGGGAUGCAAGACUUGGUAUCGUGCUUAGAGGUGGAUGCCAUCCAGCCGCUCUCCUCUGUGGGACCGAAGGACCCUGUCCAUCCUGACAGCACAAAGUGUGGAAUGGAAGCAGCACCAGUACCACUGAGAGGUUGCUUCUGGCUGCCAACGCUGCUAACACAGGGUGCAGUGCUCAGGGACCUGAUGGACAGCAGCGGCUGCAGCACAGACAGUGGCAUCUGCCUGCAGGAUCCUUCCGGCAGCCUGGGGAGGCUGUCUCUGGGAAGCAGUGAAGAGGGAGGCACCCAAGAGGACGAGAUGGGUGGCCUCAGCAGGGAGGAGCGGCUCUUGCUGGAGGCUCCCUCUUCUUCCAGUGGGGCAGAGCAGGUGGCUCCAGAAGCUGAGGACCCACCCAAGGCCCAGAUAUUUUCUGGGUACCAGAAGCAGUCAGAGACACCUUCAGAGCUAUUGGGCUGCUCCCAGCCUCCCCUCAGCACAGAGGAGAUGACCCCUUUGGAGCCCGUCUUGGCUACUGGGUACUUGAAACAGGCCUCCGUCUGUGCUCCCUCUGGCCUUGCGAGGGACGGGACUCUUACCAAUGACUUUCUUGGCACAACAGAGCAACAGAAAGAGCCCUACCCUGCCAGCAUCCCCCUGAAGCAGCUGGGAUUGCCCCCUGAAUUCCCCAAGACCCUCUUGGCGUUGGGCUUCUUUGAGCAAGAGCUGGUGAGCCCCUCUUCACACAUCUCCCCACAAGCGAACUCUGUGCCACAGCUGAGCCUCGGUGUCCCGACCCUCCUGCAGUACUGGGUACAAGGACUGCCUCCCAAUAAGCUGAGUCAAUGGGAGAUAGCACAGCUCUAAUGCAGCCACACAGAGAGGUGGGGGCUGCACCGUGGAAGGGACAGGAUCGGGGACCCUCCUGACUGUCCCUUUCUGUUGGGCAGAUAGAGCUCUAGUCCUGACAUCCCUUCCCCAUGAUACACUUUUCCUCUGUCCCCAAAACCCAUACGUGUAAACCGGCAUGUUUUAUUCUAGUCACAGGCAUAAAACAUGCAGCAGGAAGGAGGCUGAUGAUGCCAGAUGUUUCUGAGAAGCUCUGGGACCCGAAUGCAAGAAGGGAGGUCAAGGCAGUGGUGCAUGUCUGCCUGAAAAGGUCUGCAGCAACUAGAGGAAGGUAGCUGUGGGCGGUGGAAGGAGACGACACUUCACACAUCAUUGGGGUUGUCUCUGCAACACUGAGCACUGGUGGCUUGUUGCAGGCAACAGCUGCAGUGUCUUCAGGAUGUGUGUGUGUGUGUCCUUUCCUACAAAGAGCGCAGAGAUUCCUCAGCUGCCUACCAUUCAUUUUGGGGCAGACAUCAUUACCCUCGCAUUUCGCUUUGGAGACAGAAAGGAUGGUGACCCCAUCAUAAGCAAUAGACACAGACUCAGCAGGACUGGCCUGUGCCUUUCUGAAGUGGAGGUCCCUUUGCUGGCCCUGAGCCAACCUGCCACCCCCUCCCCGUCCCUGUACAGCAGUGAGAAGCCUUGAGCCCAGAAAGCCCAGUUUCAGCCUCUGAUGUCAGCCAGAGGUGCUCAGAGACGAAGGAAGCAGUUGGAUCUGCCCUUGGCAGCAGCAAAGGGCCCUUCCAGACGAUUCAGAAGAUGGACUUGCCUCCUCCUUAGUGAGGGAACUUGCACUAGCCCAGAUUCAGCCCCCUUUGCAAUGCCAGGGCCAGCCAAGGAUGCCCUGCCUUGGCCACUGAUGUGAAGGGUGCUAAGAAAUAUAUUUGUUCAGCUGGGCACUGGCUUCCAUGCCCAAGCUCACCUUGCCAGCCCUACAUUUCCUUAGGAAGAGGAUUCAGUGAGCUUCUUUCAGGAUUAUUACGAUUAUAGGGAGGUCGCUAAAUGUUCAAAAUAUUUUGUACAAACUGACUUUAUUUAUUUUAUUUAUUUUGUAAAUCUAUUUGGAGCAUACAAGGUUUUUU